AGUAAGCAAGGUGAACUACAAGACCCAGCAGUCUGGUCUUUAAACAAAUGAGCUGUAAAUGUAGGCUCUCUGCCCGCUCAUCUCUGCUUAUCAGCCGCACACCACGUGACCCCUGUCGUAUGACACCACGUGACCCCUGUCGUAUGACACCACGUGACCCCUGUCGUAUGACUCGGUUAUUACUGACAGGUUUUCCCGCUCUCAGCAGAACUCUGGGUGUCGGACCGUGACCUUGUCGGAGACGUCACCAGGCUCCGCCCUAGGAGGUCGGAAGGGGACGCUCUUCGCCUGGUUUCGGCUUCCGGGAAGCGGAAGUAGAAGUCUCGGCACCGCGCAUAGCUCUAGUUCCGCCUCCUGUCAUGUCUGGUUACGGGGUGUCGAGCUUCUUCUCAGGACCGGAGCUGCUGGAGGACCCGGCACACGCCUCGUCCUUACUGGCGCAGCUCAAGUCUUUCUAUGACGCCAGUCUCCUGUGUGACGUCACCAUCCGCGUCCUUGGCGGCAGCUGUGAGGAACCCGGCGGCGCCGAGGACCCGGAGAACAGCCGCAGCUUUCACUGCAACCGCAAUGUGUUGUCUGCCGCCUGCCCGUACUUCCGGAGCAUGUUCACCGGCGGCCUGUACGAGAGCAAGCAGCAGCAGGUGACACUGCACGACAUGAGCCCAGAGUCCAUGGCGCUGAUCAUAGAGUACUGCUACACGGGCAGAGUGACUGUGACUGAGACCAAUGUGCAGCGCCUCUAUGCAGCUGCUGAUAUGCUUCAGCUGGAGUAUGUGCGCCAGGCCUGUGCCGGAUACCUGGCCCGGAGGUUGGACCUGCACAACUGUGCCGCCAUCCUGCGCUUCGCUGACACCUUCGACCACUGCGAGCUCCGCAGCCGUGCUCUUUCCUUCAUGGCGCGACACUUUGAGCAGUUUGUGGCCAGCGAGGACUUCUGUGAGAUGAGCCUGGCCCAACUAAAGAUGGUGCUAAGCAUGGACAACCUGGACGUGGUGAGCGAGCAGACUGUGUGCAGUGCCGCACUGCGAUGGCUGGAAGCCAACCCCAAGGAUCGGGCAGAGAUGUGCCUGGAGGUGCUGGGCUGUGUGCGCUGGCAGCACUUCACCGACAAGGACCAGGCCCAUCUAGAAAGCUUCAAGUCCAGGCCGUGGGUCCGCAAGCAUUGCUUACCGUACCUAGAGGCUGCGCUGCAAGAUAAAGAUGGCAAAUCUGCCGCCAUCGUGCAAGAGAGCAGUCCCAUGCGCAGGAUAGGCAUGUUGGCUAAAGAAAUGGUCAUCUUCUUCGGACACCGCAAAGAGCCCUUCUUGUGUUAUGAUCCUUACUCUGGAGACAUUUACACUAUGCCUUCCCCUCUCAGCAACCUCGCCCAUGGCAAGGCAGUCACCUCCUCAGCUGUAUGUGUCUCCCCAGAGAAUGACCUGUACUUGGCCACACAACCGAUGAAACAGCUGUGGGUGUACAGCCCUGUACAGAACAGCUGGCAGCUCCUGGCAGAGAGGUUGUUGUGUAGGGAGGGCAUGGACGUAGCCUACCUGAAUGGUUACGUGUACAUCGUGGGCGGCCAUGACCCUUCUUCUGGUGCCAAGAUCAAAGAUGUUGAGUGCUAUAGUGUGCAGAGGAAUCGGUGGACACUGGUGGCCUCACUACCACAUUCUUUCUACUCUUUUGAGUUGGUGACAGUGAAUGACCGCCUGUAUGCCAUCAGUAAUAAGAGGAUGCUGUGUUACGACCCUGCCUGCAACCAGUGGCUCAACUGUGCCUCAAUGAAGCGCUGCGACUUCCAUGAAGCCUGUGUGUACAAUGACGAAAUUUACUGUAUAUGUGACAUUCCUAUAGUAAAAGUGUACAAUCCCGCCAGGGGAGAAUGGCGGCGGAUCAGUCCUAUACCCACUGAGAUCAAUACGAACAACUACCAGAUAGUGCACUACGGGUCCAAACUACUCCUCAUCUCUUGCACCAUCGUACAGUGGAAGAAAAACCGUGUGACUGUUCAUGAGUAUGACGUGACUAAUGACCGAUGGGUCAAUAUUGGCACCAUGCUGGGCCUUCUGCAUUAUGACUGCGGAUUCAUGUGCCUGUCUGCCCGAGUGUAUCCUUCUUGCUUGGAAUCUGGACAGAGCUAUAUCACAGAGGAGGAUGAUGUACGGAGUGAGUCCAGUACUGACUGGAUGGAUGGCUUCAGUGAGCUGGACUCUGAAUCAGACAGUCUGAGCUCUUUUUCAGAGGAUGAAUGGCCGAGGGUAUCUCUGGCAAGGCCACGGAUAUAUCUAGAAGGCUCUUUCUAAUCCACGGACACCUUAUUUGUAUUUCCCUUUUAGAUGUCCCUCAAGGUUCUCGAGCCAAACCAUCUGCCUCUGAUACCGAUAUGCUGCACUACUUGAAACCUUGUUCUGUCAUGGAGAAACACCUCUUCAGCCAAUUCUAAGAUAUCUUUGCAGGGAGCCUGUCAUCAUUUUUCUAAUACCCAAACCAUAAGUUAUUCGGAUAGUCCCUGGUGAUCUGCCUGCCCCUGACCAGCCUUGAAAGAUAGAUAUCUUCCUAAACUCAAAUUGAAGCGAGAUCUAUGGUGGGGAUAAGCCAAUGAUUUGUGGUUUGGGCAGCAUAAAAGUGAUACGUUCUCUUUAAGUUUAGUCCCUUUGUUCAGACAUAGCGAUAUGACCUGUUGUGCUUCCUUAUGUGAAUAUUUCACUUAUGUUGCGUAAAAGUAUCUUGCAACGUGUUUCUUUUUAGGGUAGGAGUUGUUGAGUGUUUUCGUAGUAGAGACCAUGGAAAUGGAUAGCAAAAAAAGUUUUUUUUGUUUUGGCACUUGAAAAUAUUCUGUAUUUUUUACUUUGCUUAUAAGCAUGAGUGACCUUCAGUUUUCACUUCAGGUAUACUGUUAUACCUCAGUUGGGAUCAGUCAUUUUUUUAUAUGAUGUAUUUAAAGGGGUUUGAUUCAAUAUUAAUGAAAGUUUGCCCCAUUUACCUCAGAAUCGGCCACAACCCAAGGACAGGUGUGUGUGUUUCUGAAAGAAGGCAGCCCUUUUGUUCUAAUACUGGGUAACCCCUUUAAAAUAGUGAAAAAGGUUAUAGUUUACAUUUUUGUGAAAAACUUGUCUGAUCAGAUAUAACAGUAUGGACAUGCUAUGUUUUACAUGUACACCUCUGUACUACAGGCUUUAUGGGCAUGUUCUUUACAUAGGCCGCGUUAAAGAGAAUCUGUGGUCAGUUAAAAAAAAUAUAUAUUUUUUUUCUGUAAUGUAUCUAGCCUUUGGUUCUGAUUCAUUUUUUUUAUGUUGCUACGCCUUCCAUUCCCAAGAUAUGGGGAUUUUCAUAUUUGGUUGUAUAUGUGUGCUUUCUCCCUGAAUAGUCAGAUGGGUGUAAACUUUAUUUCAAAAUGGGGUGUGAGCAUGAGGUUGAUGGAUGUCAGUCAUCCUCAGGAGGGUGUAAACAGUAUGCCAAGGGGAUUUCGAACAGGCUCAACUCCUGGCCACCUGACUUCAGUAAAAUGGACAUAUACAAUGAAACUAUUAACAAACCCGAAUAUCUCGAGGCGUAGUAAUAAAAUAAAUUUUCUUUCAAAUUGGGGCACAAGAGGCUGUAAAAUGAUAGAGGUACUCCAUAGGAAAAUUCAAUUAGCUAGUCCUAGUUAAACAGAUCCUAGUAUUCUGAUUUAUAAAUCUUAACCCUUCCAUUACUUAUAAUUUGCUGUAUACUACAGAGAAUGUUAGUUCUUUCCAGUCUGCUUCCACCAUUGUCAGCCUGAAGAGCUGUUUAGAGCAGGAGAAAAACCCCAUAGCAAUUCUUUACUGCUGUGGACAGUCCCUGGCAUGGACAGAGGUGGCAGCAGAACACUGUGGUCAGACUGGAAAGAACUACACAACUUCCUCUGGAACAUACAGCAGUAUGUACUGGAAGGCUGAAGAUGUUUUAUAAUUUACAAAUCUGUAUAACUUAGACACCAGUUGGUUUGAAAACAUUUUUUAUUUUUCCUCCGGAGUACCACUUUAGCCGUUUAUUUUAAUUGAUUACUGGUCCCCUUUAAGUAGAAUUUUGCAUUGUCCUUAUGGGCUAUACACAGACUAUGUAUAAUGCCAAAGCUCUAAUGCCAAUUAACAUGCAACCUUUCCUCUACAGGUUUUACAGCAUAUGUUGUGAUUUUUCUUUUCUUACUAAUGUAUUGGUCAGGGAACAGUUGCAUGGACACAGUUUUUCUGCAGUUGACUGCAAUGUCAGUGUGACAAGUCUGUAUUUCAAGCCUUAAAGGGGUUGUCCAGAUUUUGAAAUGCAAAGAUGAUUUCUUCCAAAAAGAGCGCUACACCUGUCCUUGGGGUGUCUCCAGUAUUUCAGCACAGCUGCAUUAAACUCGUCUGGGAUUUUAAGAAGAUUGCCUAAAAGUUGGAGGUGUCCUAACAAUAAAAAUUACUACAUGUUAAAGGUGUACUUUUUAAAUCAACUGGUGCCAGAAAGUUAAACAGAUUUGUAAAUUACUUCUAUUAAAAAACAUCUUUACCCUUCCAGUACUUUUUAGCAUCUGUAUGCUACAGAUGAAUUUCUUUUCUUUUUGAAUUUUUGUCUUGUCCACAGUACUCUCUGCUGACACCUCUGUCCAUGUCAGGAACUGUCCAGAGUAGCAUAGGUUUGCAAUGGGGAUUUUCUCCUGCUCUGCGCAGUUCUUGAUACGGGCAUCAGGUGUCAGCAGAGAGCACUGUGGACAAGACAAAAAAGAAACUCAAAAAGAAAAUUUCCUCUGUAGCAUACAGCUGCUAAAAAGUACUGGAAGGGUAAAGAUUUUUUAAAAGUAAUUUGCAAAUCUGUUUAACUUUCUUUGCACCAGUUGGUUUAAAAAAAAUGUUUUUCACCGGAGUAGCCCUUUAAUUCCCCCACUGGCCCGGCAGUGAUAACAUCAUGCACAUCAUUCAAAUGACUACUGCAGCCAAGCUGGCUGACAGGCAUCACAACUGAGGCCAGUGCAAAGCUGCAGCAGUCAUGUGAAUGAUGUUUGGCAUAUCUUGGCUUCAGAAUCAUUGAGGACUACAAAAGCAGCUAGGGAAACAAUUGUGUGAGGUUUUUUUUUUCCUGCUUCUUUAGGUAACGUUCUUCUGAUCCUGCUAACCCCUUUACAACAUUCAUCCAAAGUUUCAGGGCUGCACAAUCUUCAUCUGCAGUGCACUCUGGACUCCAGUUGAUAUGACUGCCUCGGCAAUUGUACCGUCCAUAGUGGCCUGCGUCUCCUCAUGCUGGAGCUGAAGAUUGUGCAGGCCUAAACGUUGGAUGCAUGCCUAGAAGAUGAGCUGCAGUACUUAUCAUCUGAACAGGUGUGGUGCUGUUUUUAGAGAAAGCCUAUGUUUCUCUAAUCCUGAACAAACUCUUUAAAGCCAAGUUCUAAAAUUCUUGUUCUGUUUGUAAAAGCUAAAGUUGCACCAGGCAGUAAGUUACUAGUACAGAUGUUGGUGUGCCGGCUCAAGUUUAAGUAUUUCUAGUGGAAUUUAGUAAUCUGCCAAAUGGAGUUACCUUGUUUCGUUGUCUAGCACGUGUAAAGUUCCUUUAAUAUGGGCCGUCAUCUCUGAUAGUAAGGUGCUUGUAUCUGGCACAGAACAGCCUGAUGAUCCAGAAUCUCAUUAGAAAAUAAGAUUUGGGUGGAGAUUAGAAGCCACUUCAUAUUAAGAUUAGUAAUCGUCCUUAAAUGAAGAUAUUUUAGAUGUAAUCUUGUCAUUGGGUUGUGAGUCUUUCUAGAGCAGUGGUCUCAAACUAUGGCCCUCCAGAUGUUGCAAAACUUCAACUCCCAGCAUGCCCGGACAGCCGUUGGCUGUCCGGGCAUGCUGGAAGUUGAAGAUGUGCAACAGACCGCUGUUUUAGAGGGUUUAGCUUCAGAUUUUUUUUUUGUCUGAUGCUCCGUAAAAGGAACUUUACUAUACGUUUGACAAGUUUUUCAUUGUUUUAAAAAUAUUCUCUUAUGAAUUCUCAAGUUUUAUAUAUGUCAUUAGAAGUUUGUAUAUCUUACACAGAAAAAAAGCAAUAUGAUCAAUACAAAGUUACCUUUCUUUUCUUAUAUUUCUUUAAUGUUCCAUUGUAAUACCUUUUAUUAAAGGAAAUCUGUAGUGAGUAAAUUUCCUGUUUCUACUAGCACUGUCGACUACCCAACCCCCCCCCCCCAUCUUAACUGUGAGGUGGUUCUUCACCCAGCAGGGAGCAGGGUAACAUUGACUCAGUGCUGAUCCCUUUGGUGAAACAUGGUGAUUUCUUAUUGUGUAAACUGACUGGUCCGACUUCAUGCGUACUCCACUCCACACACACACAUACACUAAAGAGGUGCACGUUCUUCAUAAAUAGCAAAGUAACUUAGACGUAGACAGGUUUAUAAGUGUAUUCUGGGCUGGCGUGAGUUUGUGCAAAAAUUUACCACUUUUUACUACUACUGCAAAAAAAAUGGAAAACCAAUGGUGGAGCGACAGGGGAUUGUUAACCCUAAUAAAGACUGAAUUUUCAGCUGAAGAUUUAACGACAAAUGCUAUUAAAAACCUACCCAUGGGAUAAAUGUAAAAGUCUGAACAGUUGCUAGAAUGGUGUACGUAGUUUUCUCCAAUUUUUUUUGUUGGAGAAAGGAAAAAGAAAAUGGACAAGCCAUUAGCAUUAGACAUUUAGCAAGAUAAGUUUAUAAAAAUACAUGGAAUGCUUGUAUAGUUCUCUUAGAAAAUAGGUGUGGAAACUACUAAAUAGGGCUUCGAUAGCAGGAAUGCUGAAAAUUUCGAAAAAAAAUAUGUACAUAUCAUUUUCUUUUCUUUUUUUUUUCCUUUUUGAAUCCACUUUUGGCUUUGGCUCAAACAUCAAAAGCGACAUUUGUGAUUCCAACAUAAGGGUGGUUUUACUUGCAGCUGUUUUUUGAGCCAAAGUCCCAAGAGUGAACUAAAAGGUCAGUGUUAUAUUUUGAGAUGUGAAACUUCCCCAAAACUGCCAAAUAAGUGGGAACUAAAAAGUUUACCAAUUGAUUUAAUUGAGAAAGCACCAUUUUGUUGCCACUUAGCUGAGUUUUGCAUCUGUGUUAUGAAUGUAAAAUUAAGUGCCAGGAACUUCUUUUAAGCUGUUUAUAUGCCAAUAUUAAGCUUAAUUGCAAAUACGGUAGCCUUUUUUUCAGACUUAAGAACAAAAAAAAGUCUGAAAAUUGUCAAAAAAAACAUUAAUAAAAGGCUGAAAAAGUGUGUUUCAGAGGCUAUUUUUGUUUAAAAGUUAUUUUUUUUUCUUUCUGAAACAGAAAUAUGACCCGAAAGCCGCACAUGGCCUUAGGUCCCAUUCACCUUUUGCCCACAGGUUAGCUGUAAAAUUUAACAACCUGCUGACUUAUUCCAGAAAUUGUAAUGUGAAUGGGCUGUAAAUUAGACAUAUAUGAUAAAGAAUAUACACAAACAGGUCUAAUUCUAAUUCCGGAGUUCCUGUCAAGUGGAUUUGUACCAGAUGUU